CCUACUGGACUCCCAGACACAACGAGCCGCACACACACACACACACUCACACAGGGAGAGAGGGAGAGAGAGUGAGGCCGUUUCACGUGAUUAUGAGAACGUCCCGCCGCUGAAAGUUGGGAAAGGGGCCGCUGGGGUCCGAGAUCUUGGGGGGCGCGGGAGGCAGCAGGGGGCCCAUGCGAUGUGAGUAAAUUAUGCAUUUUGGAAAUGGCCAUUCUGCAGCCCAGAGGAAAGAUGGCGCCUCCCCCCCUAAACUGGGACUGCGGCUCUGCCCCCUCGUCCUUCUCCUACUGGGGCUCGGAUCGGGGGCAGCUGAGUGGUGCCAGCCUUGCCCGGGGAGCUGCACUUGUGCCAAUCAGAGCGACUCCUGGUGUCUGGUGAACUGCUCAGGCCUCGGGCUGCUGGAGACUCGCACUGUCCCUCUGGAUGUCACUGCUCUGGACCUGUCAAAUAACAGUAUUAAAUCCCUGGAUAAAGAACUGUUUGAAAACCUGCACUUUCUUAGGGAACUGAAUAUCAGCAACAACCAGAUUUCCACAUUAGAAGAAGGGAUCUUCUCCGGUUUAUCAAACCUGAGUGUGAUAGACCUGAGCGACAAUCCUUGGCUGUGUGACUGUCACCUCUACUGGCUGCCAUGCUGGGCUAAGGACAUUGGUGUCUCCGUUCAUCAGGAAAACUCCACUUUCUGUGACCAGCCCUCUGCACUGACUGCUCAGCCCUUGCUGAAUCUCUCCUUCCCUGGAUCUUGUGCUGAUUUCAUAGCUUGCCCGGACAACUCGUCCAGCCAAAACGAAUCGGUGCUGAUUUUCACCCCAUACAAUCCGGCAAGCGUCCGUAACGUCAGCGAUGAAUUCUGCAGUGCCCUCUGCUUUGUUGAUCAGUAUACGCAUGGAGCUGUGCGACCACAAAAUGGCUGCCUGUGUGGGUGUGCUCUUGCUUCUAAUAUGUCCUCCAGCUGCCACGCACUGUGCGAGGCCCCAUCUUCUCUCUCGAACUGCAACCUGACAGUCGUCCAUGAUGUUUUCAGAACUCGGCUUUCUGCAUCAGUUAACCAUUUCAAGGAGACCUACAGUCUGGUGGAAGCAGUGGAGCUCCAAGUCCAGGCUCCAUCUCCCAUCACACCUUGUCACUGGGACUUUGGAGACCAAAUGGUCAACAGCACAGAGAGUAACAUGAUCCACAGAUAUGCCUUGCCUGGCCUCUAUAACGUGACUGUCACCUUGGUGGUGGGCGACAGAGAUGUCUUGGUUAAUAAUAAAGUGCAUGUUGUUGGGUUACCCGAGGAGCUUCAGUUGAUGUGCCCAUCUCUGGUGAGAACCAAUGAGAGCCUGAAGGUUAACGUGUCGAGCAGAGGCGGAACGGAACUGACUGUUGAAUACAACGUAACAUCAGAGGGCAGAGAUGAAGUGUUCUACAUGUGCCCGCCAGGGAGUGAGCGGUUCCCCGGGAAUAAUCAUUGCUACCAGCUGGUUUCCGAAAAGGCGGGAUGGUUCGAGGCACGGAGGACUUGUGAAGAAUUAGGCCAUGGGAACCUGGCCAUUGUGCGCAAUGAUGAUGUGCGGAACUUUCUCUCUAAUUUAAUCAGCCCUCAACUCCCUGUGGAUUUGUGGAUCGGUUUCAAUGACUCCGGUAGGAACUUCACUCUAGAGAGCUGCCAGAAUUGGCUUCCGGGGCAACCUGAACCCUCGCAGGCUGAUCGUUGUGUCAUGAUGGGUCGUAGCGGGGUCUGUAACACGGAUCUGUGCAGCACCAAACACAGUUAUGUGUGUGAAUAUAAACCCCAAGACAUUCAGUUAAACGCUGACUACUUUGUGCUGGGAUCACUCUCUGGUGAAAUGCAAUCGCUGAAAAACUUGCGGAGAAGUAAAAACGUGUCUCUUCCUUAUGGAAACGAGGUUGAGGUCCUAGUGUUCCCCGGAGUACACUUUGUCCAGGACGUGUAUUUGUCAGUGCUUGAACUGGAAACCAAGGAGCUUCAGAGAUCCGUGCAGAUGAAAUUCCAGGUCUUUUCUCUAGACAACAGUCAUGAAUGCAACCCAGAUACUCCGACUUCCUUGCCUAUCAUCCAGAACAUAAAGCAAAGCCAAUCAGAGUGUGAAGAGGGGCAGGACACGUCCAAUAGCACAAACAGCAGUAUACCCUUAGGGAGCGGGUGUGUGCCUGAUAAGGACAUUGAAUAUACCACUUCUGCCCCCCCACAGCCUGGUGUUGGCUCUCCUAGCUAUGUCUUGCACAGAGAGUUCAACUUUAUUAUUCCUCCGGGGAACACCACCAACUACAUGGCAUUGUUUGAUGAUCUAAGAAUCCAAGUGCACCCUGAUCACCUCUUUGUUGUACAACAUGAUGGCCCAAACCAUGGAUUCCUUAACUGCUCCCCUUCUGAGUCUGCUGUUCGCACAUUCAGCUUUUCUCACUGGAUCAGCUGCAUCCCAACAAACGUCUUGGGAGAUGCAACCAAUGUCAACACGGCAGGUGAUUGGUCAGGAGAGAGUGGACAAAUGGAUAGUAAAUUCUGCUCCAUGAGGGUGACUGGGACUUCAGAAGUAAAUGCUCCAAUUCUGAACCAAAAUCCUGGUCUUGCUUGGCCCGGCCAGUACACGGUCACAGCGUUCUUUAGAAACCAAGAGUUUAAGGCCAACAAAUCCUGCACCUUCCAAGUCAACUCACCAGUGUCAGGUCUACAGGCUGUCUACCCAUCUCCACAGCAAGACAUCAUUUAUCUUCCCUCAGACAAUACUGUUCUUGUCCUGAAGAUCCUCUCAGGGUCCAAUGCUACAGCCUCUUGGUCUGGCAGCAAUGAGAGUUGGAGCUUCCAACCGACGUGUCCUCUUUCCGUCGCUGAUUUCACUGACGUGUGCACCGAGGGGGAAGAUGUCUGGUAUUCAGAGAUUUACCUGGAUGGGCGUGGCAAGAACUUUUUAGAUGUUGUCAUUACAGCGCAGAACAUGAUAAACUCACAGAGCCUGAAUGUCAGUGUGAAAAUAGAGGAUCCCAUCCGCGGAUUAAGUGCUAGCCCAUUCCCUCAGACCAGAGUCCUGGUCAACACUAAAGUGAUUAACGUGGCCUCGGUGGAAGCCGGCACAAACGUCUCAUUUAAGUGGACAGUUGACGACAAGCCUUCUUUCACUUACCAUAAUGUGGUUUUCAAUGUGAUCUAUCAGUCUGCAGCGGUGUACAAGCUCACACUCACAGCAUCGAACCAUGUAAGCAACGCCUCUGUGAAUUACAACGUGACAGUAGAAAAGAUGAACCCCAUGAAAGACCUGAUGGUUUUCGGGGUGCCGCUUAUUGCCACCCAGAAUUCUUUGGUGGAGUUGUCAGCCAUGAUACUUAUUGAUUCAGCUGUGGAUGCAAUGUUCAGUUGGUCAUUUGGAGACGGCACAUACCAGCUUUAUCAAUACUUGCCUCCAUACAACCAAUCCUUCCCAGUACCCAACCCAUCUGUCUACCAAGUUCUGAUAGAGAAUAACGUCACACAUGCCUAUCGGGAAGCAGGAGCUUACAAUAUAACCGUCUGUGUGUCCAACAUGCACGAAAACCGCUCUCAGCUGAUUCCUCUGCAAGUUCAGAGCUUCCUGACUAAUCUCACGAUAAAAGCAGAGGCAGUUCUAGUGAGCGGCCAACAAGCCGUUUUCCAAGCAAAAGUGGAGCCUUCAGCGUUUGAGGUUCAGUACGACUGGGAUUUUGGCGAUGGGACUGAAGAGUUUAAUAUCAGUGACCCUACUUUGAAUCACACCUACAUAAGCAUGGGGGUCUACAAUGUGAAGGUUACGGCCAGAAAUUACCUAAGUGCUAUAUCAUCCAGUGAAGUCUUCCAGGUCUUUGAAGAGAUAACUGGCUUGAAUGUUUCCUCGAAUCAACCAACGGAGAGAGGCCUGCCGACCAUUGUAAAUGCCUCCGUAGAAUCAGGAGACAAUAUCACAUGGAUCUUCAGCAUGGGGGAUGGCAAACUUCAGAUGGGCAAUGAGCCUGUUGUAAAAUAUAUAUAUCCAAAAGAUGGAAACUACACAGUCAACGUAACCGCCAUUAAUCCGGUGAACUGCGUCUCAGAGACCCUGAAGGUCCAUGUGUAUGUUUUACAAGUGGUAAGAAUAGAGCCCUCCGGCUGCAUAUUGGAAAGCCCAAAUGUUACACUCACCGCUGAAGUAACAGGAGACUAUGAAUACUAUACCUUCAACUGGACCUUUGGCAACGGUUCCGACAUUAUUACUACUCUUGGCGUGUCAUCGGUAGAGUAUAACUUCUCAACAAGCGGCAUAUUUCCUCUCUCCCUCAUUGUCUCCAGCCAAGUAAACAAGGCCUAUUACUACACCAAUGUCUGUGUGGAACCCGAAAUUGUCAAUGUGACCCUCUUGCCAGUGAGUCAGUUUGUGGGACUUGGCAACGAGAGCUAUUUCCAAGUCACAGUCUUCCCUUUCUAUCAAUACAGAUACAUAUGGGACUUUGGAACAAAUGGUUCCAAGCAAAGCAGCGGGACAGAAGCUCGUCACAUGUACAAGGUUCCUGGCGUGUAUGUCGUCACGGUCUCUGUCUUCAAUAACGUAUCUUCUAAUAACGAUACGGCCUUCGUCGAAGUUCAAGAACCGGUGGGAACGAUCUCGAUUAUAUACAACGGGACAAAGGAUCUGGAGCUCAAUCAGACCUACCAGUUUACAGCUGUCAGUAAUGGGACAAAAGUUAGCCACCACUGGGACUUUGGAGACGGCAACACUCAAGAGGGUCAGAUAGCAACUCAGAUUUAUCAAAGCACCGGCAGCUUUACAGUCAGCCUAAAUAGUUACAAUAAUGUCAGCAGCAGUAAGACCAGUCUUAAUGUCACAGUCAUGUCAAGGAUACAAGGACUAACCAUGAGUGCUAACUGGACUGUAGUGCCACUAAAUAGCUCUGUAAGUUUCACUGCUUUCCUCCUCGCAGGAGACAAUGUGCGUUACUCAUGGAUUCUGUGCGACCGCUGUACACCUAUGCUUGGGUGCUCCACAAUCAUUUAUACCUUCCGCUCCGUCGGUACCUUCAAUGUGAGCGUCACGGCUGAGAAUAACGUCAGUGCCCAACAAUCCAGUGUCGUCAUAUAUGUCUUGGAAGCGAUCGAAGGACUCCAUAUUGUAACAAGUGAUUUGGUGAAUGACUGCUGUUUCCCGACCAAUCGAAGUCUUACCCUCCAGGCAGAUGUGAUAGAGGGAACUAACAUCUCAUACAGUUGGGUUAUUCUGAGGAAUGACCGUACCAUUCAGAGUGGCUCUGGGAAGAACUAUCAGUUUACCAGCAUAGAAGCCGACGUUUAUACUAUUGUACUGAAAGCAACCAACAUGUUGGGAAACAGUACUGUUAGCAAACACAUUGAGUUCAUAGAAACUAUUGGCCAGAUUAAACUCUUGGCAUUUCCUAACCCAGCUGCAGUCAAUGCCAGUGUUAAUAUAAGUAUGGUUCUAAGCAGUGGUUCUGGAGUGACUUACUCUUGGUAUCUGGAAGAAAGUGUCAUCUGGUUCACCUAUGAAUCGUCUGUCCUCUAUCAUUUUAUUAGCCCUGGUGUCAAGGAGGUUUUUGGUGUUGCGAACAACACCUUGGGCUUGGUCAACUCAACAAUAUUAAUCUUUGUUCAAGAGCCAGUUGAAGGGGUAUCUAUUUCAGCCAUGGAUCAUAGAGGGGACCAUAUACCCACAGGGACUGUCUUGUGCCUAAACGGUAAUGUGCAGAAAGGUACCAAUGUCUCUUGGUCAUGGGAUCUGCAGGAAGGCAUGAAAGAAGGAAGGAGAGUAACAGUGCCUUUCACUGAAGCCGGUUUCUUUGUUAUCACCCUGAAUGCAUCCAAUGACAUCAGCUGGGAAACUGAAAGCAAAAAUAUCACCGUUCAGGACAAAAUCCAAGGACUGAAGUUGUUGGUCAGCAAAAAAGUGGUGGAACCUGGAGAGAAAGUCAAUUUUACCAUCCACAUGACCGCCGGCUCCUCUGUCACCUACAAGCUCACCAUCAAUGGGGAUUACUCCAUUUUGCUAAACAGCACCACUUAUACCCACGAGUUCACCAAAAUAGGAGGUUAUCCAGUUACUAUAGUCGCUCACAAUGAAGUCAGCGAAGAAAGGGACACAGUUAUGAUUUCUGUCCUUGAAGCAAUAAGGGACCUGACAAUAGUUAACUGCUGUGAGGUAGCAAUGCCGGUUGGAAUAGAGAGGAGCUUCAUCGCGGAGGUCAGUAAUGGCUCCUUAGUUGCGUACACUUGGCAGUUUGAUUUGCAGGGUCACUCCACAACCAGCCUUGCAGGCAAAAAUGUCACCUACACCCCAAAGGCUGCCGGGCUUCUGACAAUUCAUUUGAGUGCUUUGAAUGACUUGGGGGGUCUGAACAUCAGUAAAACCAUCAGAGUCCAAGAGAUGAUCGAGGAGGGGAAACUGAAACCAGUAAAUACCUUUGUCAACAGAAGUGUCACUUUUGAGGCAAUUGUUAAACCAAGUUCUAAAGACGUGAUUUUCCUUUGGGUGUUUGGAGACGGAACACCUGUGCAGAUAACUUACAUAGAACAGGCCAAUCAUACCUAUCAUGCACCUGGAGAUUACCUGGUCACGGUAAAUGCCUCUAACCUCAUUAACUAUUUAGUUUUCCAAUUGACUAUCACCACCCGGGUUUUGGAGUGUGUAGAGCCUGUAGUUGAGCUUGCACUGCCACCUCAAGUCAUUAUGAGACGUUCGCAAAGGAAUUACAUUGAAGCAGAAAUUGACCUGCACAAUUGCUUUAGCUAUCAAACCAAGCACUUGUGGGAGAUAUACAGAGCUGCCAGCUGUCUCCACUACCAGGAAUCUGACAAAGUUCAUCUCCAGAAUGUUGAUUUAAGCCGACCGCAGCUGGUGAUACCCAAACUGGCCUUAGACAUUGGAGACUAUUGCUUUGUCUUUUCUGUGACCUUUGGAGACACGCCUCUGUCAAGGAAUAGCUUUGCCAAUGUAACCAUGAUGCCGAGCAAGCUGGUGCCCAUCAUCGAUGGUGGCUCUUAUCGUGUUUGGUCCAAAAGCCGUGACCUUAUGCUGGAUGGAAAAAAGUCUUAUGAUCCGAACCUGGUAGAAAGCAGCCAAACGCCACUGAAUUACAGAUGGUCUUGCACAACAUUCACAAAGAAUUCGGAAGCUAUCAGAUGCCCCUUAGAGUUCAGUUCUGAGCUGGGCUUCAUGACCAUUCCCAAAUCCAUGUUGCAAGCGGAAGUGGAGUACACAUUUUUCCUGACAGUCAGCAAGUCAAGCAUGAACUCUGAAUCCACCAAUCAAACGGUUUUGAUUAAAAGGGGGACAGUUCCCAUCGUGUCCUUGAAGUGCGUGUCAUGCAAGGCCCAGUCCGUCUAUGAAGUCAGCGCCAGUUCAUAUGUCUACCUGGAAGGCCGCUGCACAAACUGUCUGAAUGACUCCUGGCAUGUAAGAUGGACAGCACAAAGCUUUGAAAACAAGACCCUUCCACUAGACUCAAGCACCACAUCUACGGGGGACCAGCAGAUGAACCUGGUACUGAGGUUGGGAGCGCUGAAGGAUGGGCAAGGAUACACGUUUACUCUUCGUGUCGUUCACCCUUCCAUGGAAGAGGGAUUUGCUUCUAUCGAUCUGCUCCCAAACAGCCCUCCUUCUGGGGGUUCCUGUACCAUAUCUCCCAACGGGGCCGUUCAUGCUCUGUCCAGAAAGAUCAGUUUUGUGUGCACAGGUUGGAGGGAUGCAGAGGAUGAGGCUGGCUCCCUUGUGUUCAGCCUGAUAGUGAGACGUUGCAAGCCAGGUCACUGUGAUGAAUUCUGGGUGUACAAGGGCAGCCGAUCAGAACACAGCACCCAUCUGCCUACUGGAUUCCACGAGUCGGAUUUUGCAGUUGAUGUGUCUGUGGUGGUGCAGGACCAGCAGGGAGCAGCCGCCGUGGCUUUAAACCAGUCCAUGAAUAUUUUACUGCCUGUUGUCCCUGAAGGCUUUAGCAGCUUUACUCAUUGGAUGAGGAACCUGACAGAGACCGACCUGCAUGGCUUGUUGAUACAGGGUGACCCCCAGCACGUCACCGAGUUCUCCUUGGCUCUCAUCACUAUUCUUAAUGAGUAUGAAAGAGUGGAGCCGUAUGAACCAGACCUCCAUAUUGUACGCCAAAACAUCACAGAAGCCCUCAUUUCUUUGAAAGUUAAUACGGUCGAUGACAUACGAAAGAUUGCUGCAGCUUUGGCCCAGUGCACGGUUGCCAGCAAGAAGCUUGAGUGUGCAGCCUGCCAAGUACACACACUGAGCAAACUGGAAACUAUGAUGUCCAUCCUGCAGAACGAGACCACCCAGGGAACAAUGACCCCCACCACCAUCGCCGAUAACAUCCUUAAUAUCAUGGGAGACCUCAUUCACCUGGUCAAUACCAACUCUCCCACAUACAAACAUGGGAAUCUUUGUGCUGGUGACAAAUCCUUGGCAGUGGCCUCUAAGGCGUACAACCUCUCAUCUGACCUUAUGCGGAUCCUCAUGAAAUCUAGGGUGCUCAACGAGGAGCCUCUGACCCUCCAAGGAGGAGAAAUCUUGGCCCGGGGCAAGCGUUCUGAUCCACUCAACUUGCUCUGCUAUAGUAACCAGACAGGCUGCCAGUUCUUCAUUCCCCAGGGAUUUAACAGUGCCCUACCUGACCUGUCAGAUAUAAUCCAGGUCAUGUUCCAAGUGGACUCCAACCCCUAUCCUUAUGGUUUUAUCACUGACUACACAGUGUCCACCAAGGUAGCCUCCAUGGAGUUCCACACCAGCAAUGGCAGCCAGAUCCCCGUCGAGAGCUUGGACUCUGAGAAGGCCAUCACUGUCCGCAUUGAUAACAACACCGGAGACCGCAAUAUAACAGCUGGUGUAGCCACGAUAGAACGCCGUCGCUCUGUGAAGGUGGAUAUAGAGACAAAUAGCAGUAAUGUGAAUGCGAGGCUUCACAUACAAGUCACCUAUGUGGUCCUUGAUGAUCGGUAUGUGCUGAGUGAACCGGAGCCAUUCAUCACUGCUUACUUACAUGAAUCUGGUCACCCCAACCAGUACAAUUUCACUGAUAUGAAGCAGAUUGGGAUGGAGGAUUUGUCCAGACAGGAUCACAAGCUCUACACGUUCUUCUUAGUGCCAAUGACUGGGGACCUGUCCAGGCACUAUUAUCUAAACAUCACCAAUCACUACAUGUGGACCUCUGUGGAGGUGACAGUUGGCUUGUACACAUCCCUGUGCCAGUACUUCGAUGGGAAUGAGAACAAGUGGAGCACAGAUGGGGUUUUUCCUCUAAAUGACACCCGACCGGACCAAGCAGUGUGUUUGACCCGGCACCUCACCGCUUUCGGAGCCAGCCUGUUUGUCCCACCUCAUUCAGUCAUGUUUAUCCACCCACCUCCUCCCCCUGGAAUAAACUACAUUGUCCUACUCACCUGUGCAGUCUGCUUUGUCACCUACUCAGUGGCAACUAUAAUAGUUCACAAGCUGGACCUGCUUGAUGUGAAUAAAGCUGGCGUUAUCCCUUUCUGUGGCAAGGCCGGAUCUUUUAAAUAUAAGGUCCUGGUGAAGACUGGAUGGGGUCGAGGCUCCGGUACAACAGCACACGUUGGGAUCAGUCUUUAUGGAGUAGAUUACAAGAGCGGGCACAGGCAUCUAGAUGGAGACAACACCUUCCACAGGAACAGCGUGGAUAUCUUCCAGAUUGCAACAGAGAAGAACUUGGGGAACAUUUGGAAAAUCCGCCUUUGGCACGACAAUAAAGGCCUGAGUCCAUCCUGGUACGUGCAGCAUGUCAUAAUUCGAGAUCUUCAGAGCAAUAAGGAAUACUUCUUCCUGGUGAAUGACUGGUUAUCGGUGGGGCGGGAGGAGAGCGGGCGCAGAGUAGAGAGAGAGAUCUUUGCUGCCAGUGAGACAGAGCUGAAGCAGUUCUCCAGAAUCUUUGUAGCAGAGGUGCAGCGGGGGGUUUCCGAGAAGCACGUUUGGCUGUCGAUGUGGGAUCGCCCCCCGCGCAGCCGCUUCACUCGGGUUCAAAGAGCCACGUGCUGUGCUUUGCUCAUUUUCCUCUUCCUCUGUGCCAAUGCUGUGUGGUAUGGAGUGGUCGGAGACAAGGAACUUGGGGAUGGUGCUGUGUCCCAGCAUGUUCCUCUAAGCGUGGAUUCGGUGGCUGUAGGGAUGGUGACCAGUGUAUUGGUGUAUCCUAUAUACCUGUUUCUCCUCUUCCUCUUCAGACGAGCCCGAAGCAAGACCUGCAUCAGGCAGUCCCUCUCAUACUUUGAUCAACAGUCUUUGGAAAUUGAUAAUUACCUUGAUAUGAUGGAAAGUUCCUUUAUAACAUAUACUGGAAUCCAUGGAGAGGCUUUUUCAGACCAAACCAAAACAGAUAUACCUAUAGAUGAUACAAAGAGCUUCAUCCAGUGGACUAGCAAUGAAGGCAUGCUCAGCUGGCCAGACCUGCUUAGUGAUCCCUCUAUUAUGGGAAAUACUAUUCAGAAGCUAGAGAGACGAAGAACCAUCCGUCACCUUGGACUCGAUGCCAGCUCCCACCCCAGUGAAGAUGAUAGUGUCGUGCUUGGCCUUCCUCAUUCCCUGGCCCGCCAGUUUCUGGCUUCAGAUGGAGCCAGUAGCAUGUCGCUCCCACAGGAUCUCAGGCGGAUCUCCAGAACAGAUACCGAUCUAUUGUCUGACCUAUCCAACCCAUUUGGAGAUAAGACAGAGACCAUAAUAUUGGAGAAACUGAAUGAGAAGGGUCAGGCAGUGGCCGGCCAUGCCAAAGAGAUGACAAGAUCACCCAAGUCGACUAGAACAGUGAUCACAGACGCUUUUCAGCGACGCAGAGAGAUGCUGCCCUCGUGGUGUGCUCGCGUUGCUCUGGCUCUAAGCUGCUUCCUUCUGCUUUCCUGCUUUGUGGUCAGUUCCUGGAUCGGAGUUGGCUUCACCUCCAGCGUGGGCCUCAUGUGGCUUAUCUCUGGGAUCUUCAGUUUCCUCUGCUCUUUCUUCAUACUGGAGCCCCUAAAGGUUCUUUUUGAAGCGCUGUACUUUGCUUUGGUGGUGAAACGUCUGCACCCAGAAGAAGAAGACACUCUGGUGGAAUGCCCUAUAGUGGAGCAAGUGUCUGAGCGGAUCACUAAAGUGAGACCUCCCCAAGGGUUUGCCUUGUUCCAGGCCAGAGAGGAGGCACAGAAGGUGAAAUUGCUGCACAGGAUGCUGAAGAACCUUGUGGUGUUCAUGCUCUUCUUCCUGGUCAUCCUCAUCACAAACUACGGGGAAGCUCCGAAAAACAACAACGCUUACCUCCUUCAGCGCUCCAUCAGACAGGAACUGGGCACUCACAAAUUCCUGCACAUCAAAAGGUCUGAUGAAUUCUGGACGUGGGCAUCUGAGAUACUGUUACCAUAUCUGCACCAUAAGCAGCCCCUGCAGCAGGGUUACAGCAGCUUGCUGGGAGUAGCUCGCCUGCGCCAGGUCCGACUGAAGGAAGCCUUGCCAGCAUCAUGCAGCCUCCAACUGUUAUCUGCUGGACGAUCCUGCCCAGAGCUUUUUGAUGAUGCCAUUUUCAAAAGUGCUGUCCUCCCAUCACUGAACUGGUCCUAUUCCCCACCUGAUAAUACAGGAGCCUGGUACUGGGGAUUCCUCUCCUUCUAUGACACCUCUGGGUAUGUGCAGCUUCUGCAGGGCAGCCAGAAGCAUAACGAGGAACUGUUGGAGAAACUACAGCAGAGCUAUUGGAUUGACAACCUCACAAGGGCCCUGUUUGUGGAGUUCUCCCUGUACAGCCCCGGGGUAGAACUAUACGCCUCGGUUACUCUGCUCCUGGAAUUCCCGCUGGCAGACAGUGUUCUUCCUUCCACUGACAUCAGGGCUUUUCCCUUGCUACGUCUGACCAGUGGCACCCACCUCCUUCUGGUGAUGAUGGUUUUCCUGAUGAUGUUUGUGGUGUACUUUGUCCUUUCUGAGUGCCUUAUUAUCAGGAAGGAAGGACUGCAGUAUUUCACCCACUUCUGGAACUACGUGCAGUGGCUGCUGACUGUACUGGCAGUCUGUACGGUGGUGGUAUAUCUCAGCAAGGCCAGUCUGGCUGACAGACAGUGGGACCGGUACCUGAAGGACAAAGAGUCCUUUGUCAGCUUGUAUCAAGUGGGCUUCCUGGGAAACACCUUCCACAGCCUGUCUGCCUCCCUCCUCGUUUUGCUCACUGUGAAGGCUGCCCAGCAGAUGCGAUUUAUCAGAGAGUGGUCUGUGUUUGGGAAAACACUCAGCCUAGCAGUGAGGGAGCUAUGUGCUGCAUCUGGCGCAGUCCUUGGACUGGUGUUGGUGUAUGCUCAGCUUGGAUUUUUGCUCUUUUCUUCAUCCUGGGAGAAUUUCCACAGCUUUGGCUCCAGCAUCCUGACUCUAUUUGCUGUGGCACGAGGCAGUGUCAGUUUGAAGGCACCUUUCCCAUAUCCUUCUGCCAUCUCUCACCUCUACUUUGCAAGCUAUCUGGUGCUGGAAGUGUGGAUACUGCUGCGCCUUUUUGCGGCAGUGCUGAUAAAUAGUUACCGCCAGGUGAGACUGGAAAUGUUCCGCCCGGCUUUCGAACCUCAAGACUACGAGAUGGUGGAGCUUUUUCUCAGGAGGCUACGCAUAUGGAUGGGAGUCAGCAAGGUUAAGGAGUUCAGACACAAGGUGCGUUUUGAAGGAAUGGAACCGCUCCCUUCACGUUCAUCCAGUGACUCGAAAUCAUUCCGAGGCCUUACUCCAAGCGCUGCCUCUGACACCUCCUCGUCAUCUUCUUUUUCGACCAUCUCCAGCCAACUGGACAACUUAAGUGCCAUCAGCUCCCGGGAGAGAGCAGAGGUAGAUGCCAAUGUGCAGAGGCUAGUGCCAGUGCUGGAUACUCUGCUGUCACAGUUUGAUCAGGUCAACCAGGCCACAGAGGACGUAUAUCGCAUAGAGUGCUCCCUUGAAGAUGUACAAAAAAGGGCAUCCAAGAAUCUAACGAAGAUAAGGAAAUGUGGAAGACCUAAAGCCAAGAGAAGUUUAUCGAAUAUUCAGCUUUCCAGCGGAACAUCCCAAAACAUAGCAGCUGCCCAAACACAUCAUUCCAAACACAAUACACGCAGUGAGGUUCCAAAAGAUUCCAUGCAGGUUCCCAGACCAUCCACAGCUCCUCAGACAUUGGUGGGGAACUCAGGAGCAUGCAGGGUGAAUGCUGUGGACAAAGCAAGAAAAGAAGAGCCGGCUGUGGUACCUAUGCAAAUAAACUUUGCCCAGAAUAAAAAGAGAAAGUCAAUACGGGCACAUAAUAGAGUUCACCCGAGUGUAAGUUAGCGGGCAUCCAUGCAUCCAUGUUAGUGAUACCUCUGAAAGCUUGUCUUAAGAGACAACAGAGUUCUAUGCACUUACCCAGCCCCAAAGAAAUAAUUUUGGGUGCAGUUCCAGAUGGAAGUUUUGGGCUUUUUGCCCGGGAAGCUACGAGAUCCACUGUUGAAUAGCUCUUUUGUGUCAACACAGAGAGUAAACUUUAGGCCACUUCCUCUCAGCGUCAAUCAAUUUUAUCUGUGUUUUCCUGCGUCUAAGCUUAAGGCAACCAACAGGACUAAUUCCAAAUGUCGUUACAUGAGCCCUGGUGGCUCUUUAUGGUCUUGAACCCAUACCUUGGUUAGCCCAGGUGGCUCUAAAGAUUUAAAUGCAUCCCAUUAAAAGCCCUGGUGGCUAUGUUUUUAUAACGUCCCUAAUAGAGGCCCUGGUGGCUUCUCAGAGUUACCUCCAUGAGCCCUGGUGGUUCCUGUAUAACUUAGGCUUGCAGGCAGCUGGCUGUCUCAAAGCAUGUCCUGUUAAUGGUGCUUAUGGGCUGGCGUCUGGAAAUGCUCAUUUAGGAAAUGCUACAUCAAAUGUUCAUAGCAGUACUCGAGGAAUGGAGGGGAAGUGUUGCCUUUUGCAACUCCUUGGUGCUUUGAGGGACCACUGGCUUGUUAGCCACUCCUGUAGUAUUACAACAGGCCCACUGGCUUCUUCCUUUUUGGUCUCUAUGUAAAUAUAUCAGGGUGCUGCAGGUUUCUGUUUUUAUUCUUUUAGGACAUCGGCGAACCCUGAAUAAAGGAACACAUUCCCCCUUCUCCUUUAAAAACAAAAACAUGGUCUCACAAUGUAAAAGACCAUUGACCUCAUUAUGCACUUAGGGAACAAGGACGAAAUGUACGAGAAGAAUUUAUAUGGUAUGGUAUGUCAGAUGUGUGGUCUGACUGUAUUACAGUAAAUCGCACUACGCUUUGCCUUAAAUGCUACAUUUGUGUUUACGUGACACAUCUUCAACCUCUUGCUAGAAUAUAUCAGCCCCAAUAUCAAGAAACGGCAAGCAAGUUACCAUUUAACAUUUAGGCAGGACUGAUACAUUGAUGACAUUUUUUUUGUCCACCCUGAAAGGAAAGACCAUCAGCUGUGCAUUGAAGGGAUGGACACCAACCAAACCUUGCCAGAGGAACAGACAUUUGCCACAAAGGUGGAGAAAGGAACAAAGUUCCCACUUGAUUUUUUUUUUUUAUUAAAAGUCAGCCCUUUAAGUGGCAUUACUUUCUAAUACAGGAAUGUUAAAGGGGUUUCAGAUACAGCAUUUACUAUUGCGUCGUUAAUAAUAUUCGUAUAUUCUAAAAAGGGUUGAAGACAAGAACUGAAAACACCUGUGCAGGCUGCCCUAAAUAGGUCAUACAGCUGGCACAUUGCUUUAAAGAUAUAUUUUCUUUUCAAAUGUUUUAAUGUUGUUUCUGUUGGAAUGUAGUGUUAUCGCUGCAUAGCAGUUAUCGAACCUGCUUCCCUCGACCAGCUGAUCUGUUACAACUCCCAGCAAAGAUGCUGGGAGUUGUUGUAGUUCCAGAACAGGGGAAUGGCAGCAGGUUCCCUCGCUCUAUACACAUACAUAAUUAUAUAUAGAUAUAUUCAGCAGUUUGCAUGGAGCGCCUAGCACUUUACCAAAUGCUUUAACACAUGUUACUAGAACAAAAAUAUUUAACAAACCACAAGAGAAGCAUUAGGUGGGGGAAAUCAUGAACUGAAAUACAAAGGAUUUAGUGGGCUGUGGGUUUAUUUUGUGCUUGGUCCUUUCUCUCUCUCACCCUUCCAUGCUAAAAGGGGAAAUUAUCAACAGUAUCAGUCAACACGAGCUCAAUGAAUAGGACUUGAACUGGAUAUGCUUUUUACUAUUCUGAAUGUAAUUUUUUUUUUUUCUUGCACUA